AUGAACACGGUUGGAGCGACGGGCAGCCCGGCCCGCGCGACGUGGGGCCGGACGCCGCCGCAGCAACGUGAACAACAGCAGCAGCUGCUGCAGGUGGAGACGGAACCGAUCCGCCCGCAGUUCAGGAGCAAGAUCGUGUGCGAGCUCACCUGUCGGCAUUGCGAGGCUGUCGUCUGUCGACGUGGGAUGAAGGCGAUCUUGCUGGCGGAUAUGAAUAUCGAGCUGUUUUCCACAGACGUCCCUCCGCACGGCGUCCAACUCGUCAACAACGACUACCAAACGCGCAACUGCUACUGCCGGAUCCGCGACGUCGCCUGUUUGGGAUGCGGAAACGUGAUCGGAUACCACGUAACGCAACCAUGCGAACCCUGCAUGGAAGCCUGCAACAACGGCCAUUUCUGGAUGUUUCACAUCUCGUGA